UGAUAAGACAUUUUUCUUCUUUCCUCUUUCCUUUUCAUCUCUUCGCUAUUUAUUCAACAUGAACUCGUGCUCCUUGCCGGCCCAUUUCGACAAAUUUAAGGUCAUUGCGUAGUAGUCAAACAAAUAGGCAGGCAACCCAGAAAUCAUUCAUGAUACAUGACCUCGGAACCGGCCACCAAAGACAGCCAAAGACGCCGGUGACAAGUUGUAUUUAACGACAAAAUUUCGCUGUUUCUUUGUACUCGAACCAUGGAUUAUAGCACCCUUGUAUUCAAAGAAAUAUUGGUCAGAUUGGAGGACAACUCAGUUGUCGUGGUCACGAUUAACAGGGCCGCACAGCGAAAUAGCUUCAGUCUCGGCCUGGUGAAUGAAAUUAUCCACAUCUUCGAGCUUGUCGACAAAGAUGAUCGCGUUCGGGUGGUCAUUCUGACAGCAGAUCCCUCCGCUCCGGCAUUCUGUGCAGGCGCCGAUAUAUCAGGCGGCUGGAAGGGUCUUUCUCGCGACGAAAAGCCAUCAGACUAUCGGGAUCCCGGGGGUAGAGUGGCUAUGGCGAUCUACAAUUGUCGCAAAAUAACAAUUUCGGCAGUGAAUGGACAUGCUGCCGGAGCUGGGGUUACUGCUCUACAGCUUCCUUUUGAUUUCCGUUUCGUCUGGUCUGGAGCUAAAAUAACACUCCCUUUUAUCAGAAGAGGUGUUUCUCCGGAAUUGUUGUCUUCUCUUCUCCUUCCGCGCCUCAUAGGUCUCUCCCGUGCCAAGGCCUUGCUGCUCACUGGAGCCACAGUCAAACCGGAUUCUCCCCACAUCCAUGGACUCUAUCAUGACGUGUUACCCACCAGAGAGGAGGCUUUCUCGGCAAGCUUGAGCUUUGCCAAGGAACUAGCCGCCAAUACAUCUCAAGUGUCCAUCGCGUACGCGAAAGGUUUGCUACAUCAUCCAGGAGAUACAGUUGAAGAAACAUUCCUGCUCGAGUCAAGGACACUUGCAGAGACUUCGAAGAGUCGAGAUGCAGAGGAGCUUAGUCGCGCUUUCCUUGAACGACGGCGUCCAAAUUUGAAGGACACCGUAUCGAACAAUAUGCCGGAGUGGUACCCGUGGUGGACGCGUGUGGACAUCAGAUCUAGGCUCUGAGCGCACUGAUACAUAAAUAAGUUGUACACCUAAACUGCCAUCGCAGUCGUCAUCCAUCUUCUGAAUUGCUAAUAGUCACCGGUGUAUGCUAGGUCAAUGGAAUAAAUUCCUUUUCUUGUCCCAAAAAAUCAU